AUGAACACCCCGACGCUGUCGGCCCGCGAGCGACAGCGGCUCCGGUCCCGCGAGCACAGCCGGCUGCACCGCCAGCGCGAAAAGGACAACCUCGUCGCGCUCGCGACGACCGUUGCGCAGCUGGAGCGAUACGUCGACCAGAUGAAGCGCCCAGAAGUCGCGCGCCGUCUGGAGCAGCUUCGCCGGCUCCUCUACACGAGUUCGGCGUACGAGAAGCACAACAGCGUGCUGCGCUUAAUGCUGCUGCAGCGACAAACGAUGCUGCUCGGGCUCCUCGCCAAGCUUCCGACGCUGCCGCACGAAGACGCGCGGCUGUACGACACGACAUAUCUCUUCACACGCAUGCGCGACGUCAUCACACGCAUCAACGACAAGCACAGUCUUCCGACGGACCCGGCCUCGACCUGCCAUGUGCUGCAGAACUGGACGCUCAUGGCGUCGACGACCGAGCCCGACCACCUGUGGUACGUGCUCGACAAGGUUCUUCCGUACCAUGACGUGGCGGCGGUCGCCGAGUGCAUAUGGCAAGCGUACACCAACAGCGCUCGGUUCCUCUCGCUCUUUGAGGCCUUCCGCGACCACUCGGUCAUUUCUCGCUUUGGCGACUCGUUUGUCGUCAUGCGGCUCGAGAUUGAAGGGAUCGUGCAGCACCGCGUGUCCAAGCCCAAGACGAUUUACCAAGUGUGCUUCAAGCACUACGUACAAGAGACCGGGACAAUCAAUAUCUACUACAUGGGUCUGGCGCCUGGCACGCUCGAAACGACCUCCAACAUUGGCUCCAUUCAUGUCGUGCCAUUGACAGGCCGGCGCUAUCUGCACAAGUGCGUCGGCGCCUACCCGCUGCAGUCAAGUGAGCCCGCCGAAGUCGACGGUCUCAUCAAGAUGCAGCUCUUUAUGAUUUCGCGGUGGCAGAAGAUUCAAGAUAGCACGUUAGGGACGCUGCUCGAAUCGUAA